AUGGAGCGAUUUGUCCGCCUUCCCUGCCACCUAUACCAGGGUCAUGGGAACACGCUGCCUUUGGGUUCCCCUGCGUUCUCAGGGCCUUGUAAGCAGCCAGACUGGAGGCAAACUGCGGCUCCUCCCACUUUCCUGGCCAGCCCAGGGCUGCUGGUGCCCGCGAACAUCUCUGACUAUUGCAUGUACCCUUACAAGAGGGCACAACUCAAGGCCAUUCUCACCCAGAUGAACCCCAACCUGAGCGUCCGGAUGUGCAAGGCCGACACCAAGGAGGUGGGCAUCCAGGUGAGCCUCAAAGUGGACAAGUCCGUGCAGUGCUCGCUGGGGCCUCGGACCCUGCUCAGCAGCAGCAGCAGCAGCAGCAGCAGCCCCCCGUGGAACAGAACCGGCCACAGGGAGCCUCUUUUAGCCUGGGGAGUCUAUUCACCAGCGGGCCGAAGGGCCUUGAUCAGGUCGCCCAAGGAUGGGGAAGAGCAGGGCAAGGAGUCCCCAGACCCUGCGAAGGCUACCCAGCAGCUGCCACCAACCUCAAGGUCAGAUGAUGACAAGCAGGAGGAGGAAGAGCCCGUGCAGCCCCAGGAGUUGCGGGAGGAGGGUGCCGUGCCAGCUCAGGAAAGGAAGGGCAAGCAGGUAUAUGGAAACACGGCUGCAGGUGCCCUCCCAAAGCCCAAUUUUCAGUUUUUGGAGCCAAAGUACGGCUAUUUUCACUGUAAAGACUGUAAGACCCGAUGGGAGAGCGCAUACGUGUGGUGCAUUUCUGGAACUAAUAAGGUUUACUUCAAACAACUCUGUUGCAAGUGUCAAAAGAGUUUUAACCCUUACCGAGUGGAAGCAAUCCAAUGUCAGACCUGCUCCAAGACUCGUUGCUCCUGUCCUCAAAAGAAAAGACACAUUGAUCUGAUGAAGCCUCACCGGCAGGAGCUCUGUGGUCGCUGCAAAGACAAGAAGUUCCCCUGUGGGAACAUCCACAGGCUCAAGUAUGUCCUGUGA